CCUCCUUCUCACUCACUCACUCACUCACUCACUCACUCGCAAGCAAAAAGAAAGAAUCCCAGGCGAGGAGAAAGAUGGAGGGGAAGGAGCAGGAUGUGUCGUUGGGAGCGAACAAGUUCCCCGAGAGACAGCCGAUUGGGACGGCGGCGCAGAGCCAAGACGACGGCAAGGACUACCAGGAGCCGGCGCCGGCGCCGCUGGUUGACCCGACGGAGUUUACGUCAUGGUCGUUUUACAGAGCAGGGAUAGCAGAGUUUGUGGCCACUUUUCUGUUUCUCUACAUCACCGUCUUAACCGUUAUGGGAGUCGCCGGGGCUAAGUCUAAGUGUAGUACCGUUGGGAUUCAAGGAAUCGCUUGGGCCUUCGGUGGCAUGAUCUUCGCCCUCGUUUACUGCACCGCUGGCAUCUCAGGGGGACACAUAAACCCGGCGGUGACAUUUGGGCUGUUUUUGGCGAGGAAGUUGUCGUUGCCCAGGGCGAUUUUCUACAUCGUGAUGCAAUGCUUGGGUGCUAUUUGUGGCGCUGGCGUGGUGAAGGGUUUCGAGGGGAAAACAAAAUACGGUGCGUUGAAUGGUGGUGCCAACUUUGUUGCCCCUGGUUACACCAAGGGUGAUGGUCUUGGUGCUGAGAUUGUUGGCACUUUCAUCCUUGUUUACACCGUUUUCUCCGCCACCGAUGCCAAACGUAGCGCCAGAGACUCCCACGUCCCCAUUUUGGCACCCUUGCCAAUUGGGUUCGCUGUGUUCUUGGUUCACUUGGCAACCAUCCCCAUCACCGGAACUGGUAUCAACCCUGCUCGUAGUCUUGGUGCUGCUAUCAUCUUCAACAAGGACCUUGGUUGGGAUGAACACUGGAUCUUCUGGGUGGGACCAUUCAUCGGUGCUGCUCUUGCAGCACUCUACCACCAGGUCGUAAUCAGGGCCAUUCCCUUCAAGUCCAAGUGAUUCAAUCAAACGGUUCAUGCUUAAUCAAGUUGGGAACAACAACAACAACAAAAAUCAAGCCAAUGUUUGUGGGUUUUGGUUUCAUUUCAUUAAGAUGAUCUGUUUAUCUCUUUUCUUCUUUUUAAAAUUUAAAGUCUUUGUAUUUUGUAUGUAAAGAUGUAAAAUUAUUAUUAUUAGGUGGUGCAUGUGUCGCGUCAUGGGCCAAUGUUAUCCUCUGCUUUUAAGUUGGAAGAGGCCCAACUCAUGUGUGAUGUACGGCUGUGAUUGUGUAAUUUAAUUUGCAAAAUCAAAAAUAACACCAGAGUCAUAUAUAUGCAUCUCUUUAUUUUCUCUGGCC